GCAACAACAACUUUUUUCAUCAUUAACGUAUGAAAAUCAAUUAAUAUUAAAUAAAUCAUCAUCAUUAACAACAUUAAAAACAUCAAAAUCAACUGAAACAAUAAUCGAUGAAUAUUUACGAAGGAAACAAAUUGAACCAUUGGAAAUUAUUGGUGAAGGUGGAUUUUCAACCGUUUACAAAGUUCGUUACUUGAAUCAAAAUAAUAAUAAUGGUCAUAUUUAUGCGGCAAAAGUAAUGAAUUUAAAUGAAACAAAUAGAAUUUGGGUAACAAAAUGUUUAAAACAUGAAAUGUUUAUAUCAAAAUUAUUACAACAUCCAAAUAUUGUUCGUACAUAUGAUUAUUUUAAAACAAAUACCUAUGCUGUUAUUAUAAUGGAAUAUUAUUCUAAUGGUAGUAUACGUUUAGAAAUGGAUCGACAAAAUCAUCCAUAUGAUACGGGUGAAGCUGGCCGUUUAUUUACCGGUUUGAUUACCGGUUUACAAUAUAUGCAUAGUAAAAAUAUUGCACAUCGUGAUUUAAAAUUGGAUAAUUUUUUCCUUGAUAAUAAUCGUCAACCAUUGAUUGGUGAUUUUGGUUUUGCUGCUAUAGGUAUUAAACAAGGUCGGUUAAUUAUUGAACAUUUAAUAAGGCAAACUAGAUGUGGUUCAGAUGGUUAUAUGGCACCAGAAAUAGCAAAAAUUACUAAAAUUAAUGAUGAUGAACAACAACAACAACAACAAUUUCAAUAUAAUGCAAAAAAAGCUGAUGUAUAUUCAAUGGGUGUAUGUCUUUAUGAAAUGUUACAUCAAAAAUUACCUAAUAUUGAUAUGACAACAACAACAAACAGUAAUACAUCAUUGAAAUCAUCAUCAUUAAAAUCAUUAUCAUUUGCAACAAAUAUUAAUGAACGAUGGCAAAAUUUAAUCAAAUCAAUGUUAAAUCAAGAACCAAAUGAAAGGCCAACAGUUGAAAUGAUUUCAUAUCAAAUUUCAACACCAUUAUUUCGUAUAAUGACAAUGGUACAAAGUACAAUAAUUAAAAAAAGAAGUGAUACUAAUAUUAAUAAUGAUAAUAAUCAAAACAACAACAACAACAACAAAACAUCCAAUCAACAACAACAACCUAAACAACAACAACAAAAAUCAAAUCAACAACAACAAGCGAAACAACAACAACAACCAAAACCAAAAAAACAACAAAAACAUUCAAUGGAUAAAAAAAGAGCCAUUUAAAAUUUGAUGGUGAUAUAUUUGACAAAACACAUUUGAAUUAAAAAAAUGAUGAGCAUCCUUACAACCA